AAGUUUACGAAGUCUCAAAAUCAUCCCCUCACUCACGCGCAGACCGACAACUGUCGCCGCAGAUGAGGAAAGAAAGCCCACCGCCAUCCGUCUCCACCACCACCACUUCCAAACUCUUCACCGUCUUCGAAACGAAACCGUUAGUUGCUACAUUAUUAGCCUUGACACUCGUUCUGCUUAUAUGGAAUCUUCCUCCUUAUUAUCAAAAUCUCCUCUUCACCACUCGUCCUUGUUCAGCUCCAUCACCUUCAGCUUCUCUUAAUACUACUUCUACUACUACUACUAAUUCUUCUACUACUACUUUCAUUGCUUCCGUUAAUUCAUCUUCACCGUCACCCGUUUACUCCGCCGCUAAAAAAUUCUCAACACAAAAGCCCAUCGAUCCCAACAAGAGAGUGUUUCAAGCUUAUGGCAACGCUGCAGCUCUUUUUGUUCAGAUGGGUGCAUACAGAGGCGGUGAACGGACCUUCGCGGUGGUGGGCCUCGCUUCUAAGCCCAUUCAUGUGUUUGGUCGGCCCUGGUUCAAAUGCGAGUGGAUCUCUAACAACGGUUCUUCUGUUCGGGCAAAAGCUUAUAAAAUACUUCCCGACUGGGGCUACGGUCGCGUUUAUACAGUCGUUGUGGUUAAUUGUACUUUUUCUGUUACUCCUAAUUCUGAUAACAUAGGUGGUAAGCUUAUGAUAAAUGCGUACUACGGUGAAUCUCAGAGGAAGUACGAGAAAUUUACUGCUUUGGAAGAGGCACCGGGUUCUUACAAUAAGUCUAAGUUUCACCCACCUUAUCAGUAUGAAUAUUUGUACUGUGGUUCGUCUUUGUAUGGGAAUCUAAGCGCUUCUAGAAUGCGGGAAUGGAUGGCUUAUCAUGCCUGGUUCUUUGGACCCAGUUCACAUUUUGUGUUCCAUGAUGCUGGUGGCGUGAAUCCUGCGGUUAGGGCGGUUCUGGAACCGUGGGUGCGAGCUGGGAGAGCCACGGUUCAGGAUAUAAGGGCGCAGGCUGAUUUUGAUGGGUACUACUAUAACCAAUUUUUAGUGGUGAAUGAUUGUUUGCAUCGGUACAGACACGCUGCUAAUUGGACAUUUUACUUUGAUGUGGAUGAAUAUAUCUAUUUGCCUUCGGGGAAUACUUUGGAAUCUGUUCUUAAGGAGUUUUCUGAAUAUACUCAGUUCACCAUUGAGCAGAACCCAAUGUCUAGUAAGCUCUGCUUGAAUGAUUCCACUCAAGAUUAUUCCAGGCAAUGGGGAUUCGAGAAGCUACUAUUCAGGGAAACCCGAACUGGAAUUCGUAGGGAUCGGAAGUAUGCAAUUCAAGCUAAGAAUGCCUUUGCAACGGGAGUGCACAUGUCAGAGAAUGUGGUUGGCAAGGCAUUGCACAAGACAGAAAAAAAGAUUCGUUAUUAUCACUAUCACAACACCAUAACAGUACAUGAGGAACUAUGCAGGGAAUUGCUCCCUCAAUCGGCCAAGAAGCUUGUGACAAAGUACGAUAACCUCCCAUAUGUUUAUGAUGACAGUAUGAAGAAACUUUCCAACACAAUCAAGGAAUUCGAGCGCAAAACCAUUGGAAAUUUACAGGGUUUUGUAUGAUUCAUUUAGCUUAGAGUGAGAACAAACCCCACCAACAUCAUUCAUCCCCAUGUGCGCCAUGUGAUAAUGGAUGACACUGUUCAGUAUGUAAGCGUGGCAUACAUUCUCAUAAUUUCUGAUCUGGGUUGCUGAAAGUUCACUCCUCUUUCCUGGAUGGCAUGAGUGACCAGAAACUGAUGAAAAAAAAGGGAAAGGAGGUUCCUGGGUCCAGUUAUAUUGCUUUGAUUUGUCUAUAAAGGUCAGUGUCUUGUACGAUUCGUUUCAUAAUUUUUUUUUUCUUUUUCCUUAAUAAUUUCAUUUAAUUUUAUAUACAGUGGAAACUUUGUAAAAUUGUAUUGUGACAUUUUUUUUUUUAAUCUUACUGUUAAUGAGAUACAGUAGCUUUUAGAAAGUCC